AUCCCGGAAGAAAAAUGGCGUAGAUGCGCAAUUAGAUUCCUCUGCAUUGUGUAUGAACAGUUUCCGGUCUGACAGAUGAGUAGAGGAAUCCCUGGAGAUAUGAGAAAUAUUGCGUCUGUACUAUUUGCUGGUCUUGUCGGUACAUUCCGGUGCAUAUUAAGGUUGGCGAGUGCUGAGGAUGGACAAGGGCAGGAGCUACAUGACUGAGAGGAUAUUAACCCUCACCCUGGAGAUCAUCUACCUGCUGACAGGAGAGAACUACAGAGUAGUGAAGAAAUCCGGUGGGAGCUUAACAGUGGGCAACAGCCGACCCGGUUUAUCAGAAGGAUGGAGCAGGGCCCAGAGCCCCAUCACGGAGUCCCCACCUCACUCACUGAUACAUGAGAGAGACAAUGAGCAGAAGAUCCUGGAACUCACCAACAAGAUCAUUCAGCUGCUGACUGGAGAGGAGAAUAUAUGUGGAGAUAAGGAUUUUCAGAAGGAAGUGACGAUGGAGAAUGAGAAGUCCCCUAGCUCACUAGAUGGAUCCAGUAGCAGAAAUAGAUGCCCCAGUCCUCGUUGUACAGAGGAAGAUCACAGUACCCCACGUGAUUAUCAGGUAAAUUCUCUGAGGAAUGUUAAGGUGGUUGUUGUAUCCCAAGCUGUAGAGAGUGAAGAGGACUUUACAGGCCAGUGUAAGGAGGAAGAAAUCCCUGUAGCCAUCAGCACAGAUCAUGGUGAGAUGGAUAACGACCAGACUAAUUGCCUCCACUCCAGAGUAACGUCGGAAAUAGGCCCUGGCCUUCCCGACUCAUCCAGCUGUUCUGAAUCCGGACAGUUCAAGAGCUCAGACUAUAAAGCUGAUAAGAACGCCGCAAGCGGGCCAGAGGUGUGUAUCUGCUCUGAGUGCGGAAAACAUUUCCCCAACAACUCUGCUCUGCUGCAACACCAGGGAGUUCACACCGGCGAGAAGCCGCACACCUGCUGUCAGUGUGGAAAAUAUUUCCCCAAUAACUCUGCUCUGCUGAAACACCAGGGCGUUCACACUGGCGAGAAGCCGUACGCCUGCUCUCAGUGUGGGAAAUGCUUUAUCCAGAAAUCCAAUCGCGACAUACACGAGCGGGUGCACAAUGGGGAGAAGCCCUUCGUGUGCACGGAGUGUGGCAAGUGUUUCAUCCACAACUCAGCACUGGUCACGCAUCACAGGAGUCACACUGGGGAGAAGCCGUUCUCCUGCUCCGACUGCGGCAAGUGUUUCACGCAGAAAUCAAACCGCGACAAGCACCAGAAGAUCCACAAGGGAGACAAACCGUACGUCUGCUCCGAGUGUGGGGUCGGCUUCUUUCACAAGAGCGACUUUCUCCGACACGAGAAAAUCCACACGGGGGACAAGCCGUUCGCGUGCUCGGACUGCGGGAAAAGUUUCAUACGGAGGGCAAACCUUGUUUCGCACCAGUGGACUCACUUAAACCAGAGGCCGUUCACGUGCUCCGACUGCGGCAAAGGCUACACUCAAAAGUCCGAUCUGGUCGCCCAUCAGAUGAUUCACGCUGACGAUAAGCUGUUCUCCUGUCCUGAGUGCGGGAAAUGUUUUCCAGGGAAGUCGCCUCUCAUCAGACAUCAGCGCAGGCACACAGGAGAAAGGCCGUUCUCCUGUUCUGAGUGCGGGAAGAAAUUCAAGCGGAAGGAAAAUGUUACCAAGCACCAGGUCAUACAUAAGAGACAUAACAGGUAACACGACCUGUCUGGUAUGUUGUGGCUAUACCUAUAGGCUUGUCCUGUCAUUGCAGCCCCUUACUGACUGGGCUUGCUGCCUGGCCCUACAUCCAAUUACAGCAUAGAUUGACAAUGUGGAGCUGGCAUCUGCAGCAUCUAUGUAUGACCCACCUCUGCUUGUGUAAGGGCAGUGUGGACACUAUCGUUCUCGAGCUCCGGACUCCAGUGAAGGUUCCAGGUGCCAGUGGCAGGAAAAUGUCUUAUUUAUUUUAUUCGCAGAUAAUCCUUAAAGCACUUUAAGAUGUGCAGUGGUAUUUUGUUGAUCUUUAGAAUGUUAUCCUUACGGACACUGCACAAUUGUUCUGUGAACUGAUGAUCCACUAUCCAAUGAGACCCAUUAAAUGCUAAUAAGAAUAAAUGCAUUUGAUGCUA